AAUACUUUCUGAGCGGCGCUUUGUCAGAUUAGUUCAGACCAGCGGAUAAACUGUCCACAAAGACGCAACAAACCCGGACGGAUUAUAUAUUACUUUUAACAGCACUGACUCAUGUCAGGAACCAUGAGCAAGGACACAGAGAUCGAUAUGGAGGAAGUGAAGCUGAAUGAGCUGGACCCUGAGAAGCAGCCCAUGACAGGUGAUGGCCAGGCUGCAGGUGGAGAGAAGAACGGCAGCGUGAAGCUGAAGGUCCCUGACGAUGAGGUCACCUUUACCGGCCUGUCCAAGGAGGAACUGAUGAGGGUCGCUGGCACUCCAGGAUGGGUGCGAACCCGCUGGGUGCUUCUCGUCCUGUUCUGGCUCGGCUGGGUUGGCAUGCUGGCCGGAGCCAUCGUGAUCAUCGUCCAGGCCCCUCGUUGCAAACCCAUCCCUGAGAUGAACUGGUGGAACGAAGGGCCCCUGUAUCAGAUCUCCGACCUUGAGGCCUUCUCGGGUGGAAUGGAUGGUCUUGAGGCAAAACUGGAUAGCAUUAAUCAGCUAAAGGUCAAAGGUCUGGUUGUUGGUCCUUUCCACACUGUCCAGGCUGACCAGCCAAACACCUUGAACCUUAAAGAGAUCGACCCCACCAAUGGCUCGGAGAAGUCCCUCAUGUCUGUGCUGGCGAAAGCCCACAAGAAGGGCAUUUCUGUGGUGCUUGACCUGACCCCAGACUACAAAGGGACUUCUCCCUGGUUCAGCAACAAUAUUGAGGACAUCAUGGAGAAGGUUACGGCUGGAGCAGAGUACUGGCUAAAUUUGGGAGUUGAUGGCAUCAAGCUGCCUGACCUCUCUUUGGCCUCCAGCGCCUCCAACUGGCCCAAAUUACAGGCUGCUGUCCAGGGCAACCGCACUGAGGAAGACACUAAGGCCAAUGUACUGAUGGGUGUCGCCGCCGGCGUUUCAGCUCCGGAGGCGUCUCUGCUGGUCAAUACUACUGGUGUAGAUCUUCUCCUGUCUGACCUGCUCAGCAGCAAAAAUGAAGGUGUGGAGCGCAUCAGGGCCAUGGACACCCUUCAGUCUCAGCAGAGAAGCGUGGGCUGGGGUCUCGGUGCGAGCAGAAAUGAUCAUCUGUCUAAACUGGCAAAUAAUCCAGGCCUGCUUCGUCUCUACCAGCUUCUGUUGUUCACAAUACCGGGAACGCCCGUGUUUACCUAUGGAGAUGAAAUUGGUCUCCAAGCACAAGAGGGUGAAUCACCUAAGAUGGUUUGGGACAUAGAGAAAGAACCUUCCAAAGAAGAGUUGAACGAGGUUGCUGAGGCUAAUCGCACAGAGCAGGUUGCUGUGAUGAAGUGGUUCACAUCCCUCAGUGAUCUGCGAGGCAAAGAGCGGUCCCUUCUCCAUGGCGACUACUACUCUCUCCAUUCAUCUGCCUCGUCUCUUGCUUUCCUGCGAUUGUGGGACCAGAGUGAAAGAUACAUAACGGCUGUCAACUGGGGGUCACAGCCAGAGACACUGACGCCUUUACUCUCACCUACAACGGGAGAAAAGCUGCCUGAAACUGCUAAGGUGAAGGUUUCAACAGAUGAAAACCUGGAGGUAGAUUCCUCAAUUAAACUGGACAAAAUCACCCUUGGGCCUGGACGAGCUGUCCUCCUGCAGUUCCCCUUUAUGGGCUGAAGAUGGCGCCAAACUGCAGCAGAAACUGUUCCAGAUUAGAGUUGGAGGAUUCUCAGUCAAUCCUAAUCCUUAGGAAUAGAAAUAUGUUCGUCACACAAUCUGAAUUGGGUCAAAAUAGUCUGGCUAAUAUGAAGAGGUACAGGUUUUUUUUUUUUUUUCUUUCAUCCACAUGAAAACCUGUGUUAAGUGAGUGUUUUUGUUUUUUUUUGUCUUGUCACCUUUUGGUACGCAAAAGCCAGAGAUGUGAAACGCAUUCCAUUUUUAUUUUGGGCAUUCCUUUUUAGACGUCCUGGUUUUACUUUUCCUCUUCAAUUUUUUAAAAGUUUUUUUUUUUUUUUUAAAGUGACAUCCAAAAAAGUUUUUAUCAACAUGUGACUCAAAAUCUUCCAGAAACAGUUUAAAAAAACAAACAAUAAACUGGUCUGCACUGA